AUGCGUUUCGCUUUAGUUGCUGGAGCUCUAGUGCUAGGUGCCACCGUUUCCGAGGGCCGUUCCAUUGCACCCAGCCCGUCGAAAAGAGCGACGGAGCGCAUCGAGUUUACCACCCCGACGCGCAACCUCAAAAGAGCGCGCCAAGAGAGCGGCUGGAAUCCGGCAGCCGAGGGCGACGAUGGGUCGCCGCACCAGGACAGCAUGGACCCGUCCGCAUACCACUCCAAGACCCCCAAUGGCGCGACAAAGAAUGCGCACAAAGCUCCGAAGAUGCAUCGCGAAUCCGCGGCCACAGACGCUGCCUUCCGGACGGCCUUGCCCGGCCCCUUGGCAUCCACCCUGGACCCCGUCGCUGAUCCUCUCGUCCAAAAACUCCCUCAAGAGAUCCAGUACCAAAUCAUCCCAGUUAAAUCGGGAAACUCGUCCUCGUCAGACUCGCCAUCAUCGGAUGAACGCGCAUACAUUAUUACGCCUGUGCCGGCCGCCGAGAGCACGCUGGCCGCGGUCGCCCCGGUCGACGUCCAAGACACGCUUCCCGACGGAGCCGUCGCCGGCUCCUCCGCGCUGACCGGCAUUGUUGCCCAUCUGCAGUCCAAGCAGGAGUCCCAGCCGGCCAUGGCGCUCCUCCGGGCCAUCGAGAAAUACCGACUCGCGGUCGCCGACGACGGUCUGCAGGUGGAUCUGGCCGACGGCCAGGCGCGAUCAGCCGUCCUGCCGGCUCCGAAAAAGCUCGCGAAGGCCGUGUUGGACGGGUCCUCCUCCGCCCACACGCCCCUCUCGCCGGCUUCUGACUCUGCCGCCUCAACCGGCGAUGCUCUGUUGGACAACACAUCCAUCGUUGAUGCCUCGGCCCCCCUGGCCAACACUAUUGAUCCUAACGCUGGAAGCUCAGACUCCGACUCUCAUGAGGCCGCUUCGGAUGAAUAG